GUUUUAAAUCAUAUUAAAAUGUAUUUAUUAUCUAAUUGGUGUAUUAUUGGAAAUGUCAGUGGUGAUUGUCCUUUGUUUUUACAGAGGGGGACUGGGACUACCAUUGUCUUGCAGUUUUUGAAAGUGUUUCAAAGCAAAAAUUCAGGUGUCAGAGAGAGCGAUGGAAGGUCCUAAGGCCGAAGAAGAGGUGUUAGAUAUUCUUCGACUGAACGUGGGAGGCUAUAUUUACACAGCCAGGCGUGAGUCCUUGUGCCGCUUUAAGGAUUCGAUGUUGGCAUCCAUGUUCAGCGGUCGUUUUCCUGUAAAAACAGAUGAAUCCGGGGCUUGUGUUAUUGACCGUGAUGGACAUCUGUUUAAAUACCUGUUGGAUUAUCUUCAUGGAGAGGUUCACAUUCCCACAGACGAGCAAACUCGUGUGGCUCUGCAGGAGGAGGCAGAUUACUUUGGCAUCCCUUAUCCGUACAGCCUGUCUGACCACUUGGCCAAUGAGAUGGAGACAUAUUCUUUAAGGUCAAAUAUAGAACUUAAAAAGGCUUUAACAGACUUCUGUGAUUCGUAUGGUUUAGUUUGCAGUAAACCAACAGUUUGGGUUCUGCACUAUCUCAGCACGUCUGGUGCGAGCUGUGAGAGUAGAAUUAUUGGGGUGUUUUCCACCAAAACCGAUGGAACAGAUGCCAUUGAUAAGCAGCUGGGAGGAAGAAUUCACAGCAAAAGCAUUUUUAAAAGAGAGGCUGGGAAUAACGUUCAGUACAUUUGGAGCUAUUAUUCAGUAGCAGAAUUGAAGAAAAUGAUGGAUGCCUUUGAUGCCUGGGAAGGAAAAGGUGUUAGCUACUGGCGGGUGCCUCACGAGCUGAUAGAAUGCUGGACUCUGGAAGAACGGCCUUUGCUUGGAAGCCUGCGCCACAUGGCCCCAGUUCGAAAGAGACGACUGACAGUGUUCAAUGAAGAGGAAGAAGAAGGCGUGAACUGUAAGACUGGUCCUAAGCCAGUCCGAUUCUUGGGUCCUUCCACCAGCACCCAAAUUAAAGUCAAGAACUCGGCUUCGGUCAGGGUGUCUCCGGCCGCUGCUGCCCAGCCCUGGUCCCGGGCGCCGUUGAACCCGGCUAGGCCCGAGUGUCAGCAGCAGCAGCUUCCAGUCCCUGCUGGAUCUCCAGAAAAUUCAACCACACUCCCGCAGGAGGCUUCCUGGUGCCCCCACAAGAUCCCCAGGGAGUUCAGCAGGCACCCCUGCCGGUGGUUGCCUGGCAAGCCGGCCAGCUCCUCCAGGAAAUCUCCCUGGUUCUCCAGUGCCCUGUGGGGGCUUCUUGCUUGCCGGCACCGCAGUGAGCUUCUUGGCCUCUAG